AUGGCCGCCUUCAACGAUCCGCAGAAACUAGCGGAUGCCAUCGCACUUGCCCAAAGCUUUAAAUCAGGGCAGUUCAGCGAGAAGAGAGAUAGAAAAUCCAAAGCACGAGUGGAAGCCAUUGACAUUGCGGACAGCUCCGAAAUACAUCGCGAUCGUACCUGGCACACGCGACAGCAGCUUGUCGCAGAGAAAAAUAGACAAUAUGCUGCUGCCGGAUUUGUUCAGCCUUCUCAAAGGCACUAUAGUAACGAUGUCCUAGAUAAAGGUUGGCAAAUUGGACAACUAAGGGCUGAAGAUGCUGUAAUCGGGAAAGCCGUGUUCGACUUUCUUAAUAGAAAUGACCUAGCCCCGACGCCAGCUGCGACUCCUGAGCCCAUAAACAGGCUCCCACCGACUUCCGAAACGACUGCAGAUUUGACCAGCCCCAGAUCAUCAGCAGCGACUCCUAAGCCCACAGUUAAGCUUCCACCGACUCCAGAAACGACUGUGAAUUUUACUGGCCCCAGAUCACCAACAUCAGCCAGUGCUAGUACGCCGCUGACACCCGAGAGCCUAAUUCAAGGGCCCGGAGACAACCAUACCAGCCCGGCGGACAGUCCUCAGAAACCUGCCGAUGAGCAGGAGGCCGACCAGCUUGCCGAACUACUCAGCUCUUUCUCCUUCAAGGAGAAAAGUUCGACAGGGGAUGAUCCAGGAAACAUCAUGGAUAGAUUUUUGGAGUUACUAGCCAAAAAAGAGAUGUCUGAACACUUGAGCCAAGACAAGCAGUCGUGUGUCAAGAUUAGCCACACUACGACUCAUGACGAUGCUAAACAAGAAGAAAAACAUGGUUUCGAGGAAACCACUACGACCUCUCAGCAUCAUCAACCAAUGAAGGCGGACCAACCUGUCUCCAUCAAUGCAAAUGCCGACCUACUUACAACCAAGAGCAAGCAACUCUGUCCAAAGGCGCCUGCUUUUGCACCGUCGAAGGCAGAGUCUGCCAACGGUGGUAUAGAAAAUCUUUCACCGAAAGAAAUUGAGGUUACAGAUAACGAUCAGCAUCAGGGAGAAAAAUUGCCCUUUACCGGUCAGUUCAGUUCAUCCUCCGACGGUACGCCAUACGGACACUGGCCAGCUACCGAAAAAGUAACCCCUGCACUUCCUGUGACUUAUACAGUUUGGGUCCCAGUUCACUAUCCAAUGCCUAACGCAUUCUCUGAUUCAACUAUGGCAAUGAAUGGAACGCAGGCUGGAGCCCCAAACUUGGGCAGCCGCCAACCACAGCCAAUGCAAGGUCUUUCAGCUUCCAAAUGGGCACACCAGCCACCGAAGUCUGGGUAA